CAUUUCUGGAGGUGCCUUACGAGAUGGAACUGCACAUCUGACCGCGUGCAGGAGAGCAGCUCGGCAGAAAUGGAAACCGUGGUGAUAGUUGCCAUCGGCGUGCUGGCUACUAUCUUCCUGGCGUCCUUCGUGGCGCUUGUGGUGGUUUGCAGGCAGCGCUACUGCCGGCCUAAGGAUCUCCUGAAUCAUUAUGAUACCAAACCGAUCGUCGACCUUAUUGGGGCGAUGGAGACGCAGUCGGAGCCCUCGGAGCUUGAGCUGGACGACGUCGUGAUAACAAACCCCCACAUCGAGGCCAUUCUGGAGAAUGAGGACUGGAUCGAAGACGCUUCGGGCCUGGUCUCUCACUGCAUCGCUAUUCUCAAGAUUUGUCACACUUUGACAGAGAAGCUCGUUGCAAUGACAAUGGGCUCUGGGGCCCGAAUGAAAUCUCCCGCGAGCCUGAGUGACAUUAUUGUGGUCGCGAAGCGGAUCAGCCCCAGGGUGGAUGAUGUUGUGAGGUCGAUGUACCCGCCUCUGGAUCCCAAGCUUCUGGAUGCACGGACAACAGCCCUGCUGCUGUCUGUCAGCCACCUCGUCCUGGUGACCAGGAACGCCUGCCACUUAACCAGUGGCAUGGACUGGAUCGACCAAUCGCUGUCUGCUGCGGAGGAGCACAUGACGGUGCUGCGCGAAGCUGCUCUGGCCACCGAGCCCGAGAGAAGCAUCGCGGGGGGCGCGGAAAGCUUUCUGCAGGAGCAGUCUGCCAUCUGA